AUGGCGCCUCGAAUCGCGGUCCCAGAGGAGGUGCAGCGGCGGAAGCAGCUCUUAUAUUCAAAUGUAGCGCCAUAUUUACCACCUUGGAAAUUGAAGGGCUUGAAAAUAGAAUUCCACAAAAACGAUCCCCUUGAAGCUUCGUUUUCGUUAAUCGGGGUUGAUGCCGCUAUUGCGAACGCUUUUCGCCGUAUUCUUCUUGCCGAAAUCCCUGCGCUCGCCAUUGAAUAUGUCUAUAUCCAGAAUAACACGUCAGUUAUACAAGACGAAGUUCUAGCCCAUCGUCUCGGAUUAAUCCCAUUGAAAGGCUCUCUGGAAGGGUUAAACUGGCUACGGUGGUUCAAAAUACCAAAGGAAGGAGAUCCAGACAGCGGUAGCACUCACGAAGAUUCAAAUACCAUCGUCUUACGGUUGGUAAAAGAAUGCACGAAGAACCGUAAUUCUGCCCCAGACGAGGAGGAUCCCACUGUACUUUACAAUAAUGCGCAUAUUUAUGCGAAAGAUCUCGUCUUUGAACCCCAGGGACGACAGGAGAAAUACUUCCAUGGGGAUGGUGUUAUCCAACCAUGCAACCCAGACACUCUCUUAGCUAAACUAAGGCCCGGUCAAAAAAUCGAUAUCGAAAUGCACUGCAUCAAGGGAAUAGGAGCAGAUCACGCAAAAUUCUCACCAGUGGCUACAGCCUCAUAUCGACUUCUUCCCGACAUAAAGAUCCUACGUCCUAUCUUAGGCAACGAUGCAAUCAAGUUUGCAAGCUGUUUCCCAAGAGGUGUUAUUGGAAUUGAAAAUGUCACUGCUGCAGAAGCUGCACAAGUUGGUAGCGGUUACGAAGGGAAGGAAGGAGAGAAAAAGGCUGUUGUUGUGGACCCAUUCAAAGACACUGUUAGCAGAGAAUGUUUGCGCCACGACGAGUUUAAGGAUAAAGUCAAGCUUGGCCGGGUACGCGAUCACUUUAUCUUCAAUAUCGAAAGUACUGGACAGUUCAACAGCGACCUUAUGUUCCUGGAAAGCAUCAAGGUACUAAAGCUCAAAUGCCAGAGACUGAAGCGGAAUGUUGCUACCUUGGCCGAUAACACGGACUCACAUGCCUAA